ACUCCUUCCUCCUACACCACCUCCGAUGCGGGUCAUUUCCACUGAGACUGUUUUCAUCGUUGAGAUCUCUUUGAUGUGCAAGAAUGGGGCACAGAAUGUAGCCCUCUAUGCUGACGUUAAUGGAAAGCAGUUUCCAGUGACUCGUGGCCAGGAUAUUGGGCGCUAUCAGGUAUCCUGGAGCUUGGAACAUAGGCGUGCCCAUUCUGGAACCUAUGAAGUCAAAUUCUUUGAUGAAGAAUCCUACAGUCUUCUGAGAAAGGCCCAGAGAAGCAAUGGGGAUGUUUCAGCCAUUAGACCCUUGUUCACAGUCAGCGUGGAUCACCGGGGUCCCUGGAAUGGGCCGUGGGUCUCUACCGAGGUGCUGGCUGCAAUGAUCGGCAUGGUGAUCUAUUACAUGGCUUUCAGUGCCAAAAGCAACAUUCAGGCCUGAGCCAUAUGAAUUGGGCUUCCCUGCAUAGACGUUUAUCUUGAU